GGCAGGGGGGCCAUGGCGGUGCCGUGCCCUGACCUGCAGCCUGUCCCUGCAGGGCUGAAGCAGGAGCUGUUCCACCGGCACAAGGAGGCCCAGCAGUGCUGCCGCCCCCACAACCUGCCGCUCCUCCGCGCCGCCCAGCAGCGGGAGAUGGAGGCUGUGGAGCAACGAAUUCGAGAGGAACAGCGAAUGAUGGAUGAGAAGAUAGUCUUGGAACUGGACCAAAAAGUGAUAGACCAACAGAGCACGUUGGAGAAGGCUGGGGUGUCUGGCUUCUACAUCACCACCAACCCACAGGAGCUGACUUUACAGAUGAAUUUACUGGAACUGAUUCGGAAGUUACAACAGAAGGAGUCUGAGUCUGAGAAGGCUUUUUCCUGAACAAGCGAAUCUGCUGUUUGCUUUCCAGCAUGUUCUUCUGACUUCCCUCUAAACUAUAGGCCGUUCAUGCAUUUGCUUUAUGUUGUGUUAGGCAGAGGGUACUGGCUGUAGGGGACAGAGCUGAGGCCCGCAGAUAACCUUGGAGCCGAGCCGUGGCGCAGGGGGUGGUUGGGGAGGACCAGGCUACCUCUCCGGUCCUUGGAGGGAGACACGUGUGGCACGUCUCGCUGCGAUGACAGAGGGCAUUUCUCUGCCGCCGCGGUGGCCGUGAGGCUGCUCUGAGCCAAGAGAGACCAGGGCAGGCACCAAACCCAGCCCGGCGGUAGGUGGGUGCCCCCUGCAUUGAGGUGAAUCAAGCUGAGCAAUGUGGUCUCCAAAUUGCAGUCUCCUCUUCCCAUUCAAGGAGGAGGAGCCAGUGUCUCUGGCAGGGGAUGGCAGAGGGGAGUUCCUGUCCUACGGGACAGGGCAGCAAAGUGAACUCACUGUCCGGUGCCACCACGCCAUGGGAGGUGGUUGGCAGCUGGGGGAAAAAAGUCCAAGGUUUAUCUACAGGAAGAUGCUUCCAUGUGUGUUGAGGCAGAAACAUCCUCUUCAACAUGCAGACCCUUCCCAGAGAGACCUGCAGGCAGAUGUCAGCAUUGGCUUGGUUAAAGGAGGAUUUCAGGCCUCUGCCCCGGCAUUGCUGGACUGUGACAUUCACAGUGUGCCCACCCGGCUUGGAUCACAGAGAAGGCCUGAGAGCUUUUGCUUUGUUACUUUAAACCAGUUUCCAAAUGGAGAGAAAUAAAAUACAGUUGUCCCAUC